UUUACUGCAGAAAACAAGAGCUGGUAUGAAGCACAGAGAUACUGCAGAGAGAAAUAUACAGACCUGGCCAAAGUGUUUGACAUGACAGACAUGAGCAGACUCCGUAACUCCACACAGAAUCAAGGAGAAGCCUGGAUUGGACUGAACAACAACACAGGUGGAAACAGGACGUGGCAUUGGUCUCUGCCAGGAGUGGAAUACAUUCAAAAUGACAGCAGCUGGAAUCUGACUGGAAGACAAGACUGGGAACAUCCUGGGAACUGUGUGAGGAAAAGAUACAAUCAAGGAGAUAAAAAGCUGGCAGAUGUUUCAUGUGACACUAUGUUUUGGUUCAUCUGCUAUGAUGAAAUGAAGAAAGACAAUAAAACAUUGUAUUUGAUUCAAUAUCCAAGACUAAAUUGGACACAGGCUCAGAGUUACUGCAGAUAUAAUCACACUGACUUGGCCAGUGGACUCGAUCAGGUUGAUGGAGAAGAAAUUGAGGCCGUGAUAAAAGGUUUAACCCCUCCAUUUAACCUCUGGAUUGGUCUGUUCAGAGACAGCUGGAGGUGGUCAGAUGGGAGUAAUUUCUCUUUCAGAUACUGGGAUAUGCAGUUAUUCAAUGAUACACAAAGCAACAAGACAUGUGCUAUGACUCUGUUAAACAGAUCAGGAAAAUGGAGCUCUGAUGAAUGUGACAAAGAAAAACCCUUCUUCUGUUAUGAUGAUAAAAUAAUCCUGAUCAAAGAAAACAAGGCCUGGGAAGAAGCCUUGAAUUACUGUGAAAACAACUACAAGAGGCUGGUUUCUAUCACCAACCCUGAGGUGCAGGGAUGGGUCCAGGAAACAGCCAAGAAUGCUGACAGUCCCUAUGUUUGGAUCGGACUGAGCUACAAAUGCACUCUGGGAUUAUGGUUAUGGGUCAGUGACUACGUAGUCUGCUAUGAGAAGUGGGCCACAGAGGGGAAGACUGAAGGGUGUGACAUGUCUGUAGGCGUGGACAGAGGAGGACAGCAUGAGUGGAUCAGUCGCAGGAAUAAUGAGACGUAUAAUUUUAUUUGUUCUAAACAGUAA